AUGAUCCCACUCGCUUCCGACUCGGUCUCAAAAACAGUAGCUUCCUCAUCGUUUUCAGCGGCAGAAGGAAGCGUAACAGGUGACGCCGACGUGAAGUCAGGCACUCCGCGACAAGUUGUUCGUUCUUCUCCAAUAUGCGAUAUUGCAAGUCCAACAGCAAGUUCACCAUCGGGGACCAGUGUGAAACGACGACAAACCUGGGAGCGUGAUUUUGGUGUACAAGUACCACGGAAUAUUGAUAAAUGGGAUGAAGAGCGAAAGAAAUACUGGACAUAUCAAAAUAUUUAUCAUAUUCCGAUACCCGAUGGCAUAGAAUUCUGGGAACAGGAGGACAAGGAGCGAUGGGAAUUAGUACAUAUUGCAGGAAUGAAUGAAGGCGAAGCAGAAGAUCGACUUAGAAGCAAUGUAACUUACCUGGCUUUUUGA